AUGCCCCCUCGGGUUGGCCGACGGACCGGUUACCUGCCUUACGGUGUGUCUGGCCAACAUGCCAGUCUAGUCUAUUUUCUACGACUACGGGCUCAUUCACCCUCUGCUCUGUCCGUCGGUGUCUUCGUGCUGCAUUUCCUGUGCCGGUCGCUUCUCUUGUCAUGCUCUGACGCACUCAUCGUCGCCAACCGGACGGUGGUGCCUAGCCCGAGUUGGCUACUCAAAUCGAGGACAGGCAGGAGACAAAGGCAACCAGAGCGAGCGACAGUACGGUGGGCUGAAGAAUGGGAAAAGCGGCUAAAAAGCACGAAUGUGUCAUCAAAUGCAGUGUGA